AACAUAUAUCCUGACCAAGAUCUUCUGCCCCCCCCCCCCCCCAACCUCCAACUCUCUCUCAAGAGAGUCACAGAUAUUAAGCCCUACGACUCAAAUUUCAGACUAUCGAACGCAACACGAAGAUCAUUUCCUGAGAAGAGACAACAAACUGUUCCAGGAUCUGACCGGUUCACUUUUUACCAAUUCCAACAAUAGUAUCAUCAACUCGGAUCUACAUUCUGUGCUCAUCAUAUUGAUAAGCACGGUAUGCUCAUCACCCAUAGGGGUGAUCGUGAUGCUUUAUUUUACCUCAAAUGAUUUCUAUCAUUAAUUUUUAGUUAAUUUUUAAAUAUUUUAAAUAUUAUAUUUGUAAAAGUAAAAAUUAUAAAAAAUUACUAUUAAAUCUGAAAUAUUUAAAAUAUAUUUAGAUAGUCAAUUGUAAAAAUAAUAAAAAAUUUUAAUAUGAAAAUUGAAUUGUCCAGAACAUAUGUAUAUAUGAAUUGUCAAUUUAUAAGAGUAAUAAAAAUUUUAAAUUAAAUUGAAUUGUUCAGAUUAAAUAUGUACUGUUAAGAUUGAUGAUGAAAAGAUUUAUUAAAAAUUUGAUCUUUUUAAUAUAUUUUUAUUUUGAUAAAUAUAAAAUAAAAAUAAAAACUUAAAUCUAAAUUGUCCAAAUCUUGUGAAGAGUGAUGUGUAUUGUAGUGUUCAUCAUCUAAUGAGGCAUCGAAGACAUUUCAGAUUUAAUAUUAAAAAUUUUAUAAUUUUUAUUUUCACAAAUAAAAAAUUUAAAAUAUUUAAAAAUUAAAUUAAAAUCAACGUUAGAGAUAAUUUUGAAAUAAAAUAGAAGGCCAGGAUUAUUCAUAUGGGUGAUGAGCACGUAUCGAUGACCACGAAAUGGAGAUCCCCUCAACUCCUGGGCUCCUUCUGGACCGGACUAUAGGCCAUUCCUAGACCAGCAGGUGAGGAUAUCAAUGGCUUCUUGUAAAUCAUCAAGCCCCAUUCAUCGGAUGUUUAGUCACAUUAUAAACAUAGAUAAGAAACCAGAAGAUCUGAACACAUCCGAGUGUUACAUCUACAGAGUCCCAUUUAGCCUUCGGAACGUGAACAAGGAAGCCUAUACUCCUCAGUUGAUCUCCAUUGGACCCCUUCACUUUGGCGAUCAAAAUCUAAAUCCAAUGCAACUCCAGAAACAACGAUACUUUUGCAACUUCUGGGAUCGUGUCAAAAAUGAGAGCGCCAUGAAUGCCUACAAAGAGUACCUUGAAGUUGAAGCUAAAAAGAAAUCUAUGCACCGUUGUUAUGCAGACAAGUUUCCCUCCAUCACUGAGGAAAAGUUCGUGGAAAUUAUUCUUUUGGAUUCUGUUUUCAUCAUGGAACUUUUACUGAUGAUGAAAAAACCAGAAAUUAGUCACACAGAUGAUAUUAUAUUAACACAAACAUGGAUGAACAAAGGUAUCCAAAGGGACCUGUUCUUGCUUGAAAACCAGAUUCCGUUGUUCAUCUUGGAUAAGCUGUAUACAACUGUGGUUCCAGACUCUGAUAGGCAUGGCAAGUUUAUCGAACUGGCCUACGACUACUUCAAGUGUUUUCAUCCUUAUAAAAAAAGCAAAGUUGAGAAGCCAAAGCGGUGCCAGGAGGACUGUUCGCUCAGGUUUGGCUUAGCACAACAUAACUGGAAGAAUGAACCAAAGCAUUUUACUGACAUGAUCAGGUACUUCUACAUAUAUGAGAAUCUCACUCAGCGCGAGAAAGGGUCAUCUUCUAAUCUUCUGAGAACUGCAACGAAGUUGCAAGAAGCAGGAGUGAGCUUCGAGAAAGUCUUCGACAAAAACUUGCUUGACAUACAGUUCAAGAAACUUACAAUCUUGAGCUGGUUUCUGUGCUUGGGAUGUAUACCAAAAUUCACAUGUUUCAAAGCUCGUCUACAAAUCCCACAGUUAAAAAUAGACAGCACAACAGAAUGUGUUCUAAGAAAUCUCAUCGCCUUUGAGCAGUGUCACUAUGCUAAUCAACCUUACAUCUGCAACUAUGUCUCUUUCAUUGACUCUCUCAUUCACACCACAGACGAUGUUGAUUUGCUAGUCGAGAAGGAAGUUAUUAUCCAUGAACUUGGGAGCGACAAGGAAGUAGCAACUCUAGUGAAUAGUCUCUGCAAACAAGUUGUGGUGGACAAGACAUGCUAUAAAGACCUCAUAAAUGAUCUAAAUGGACAUUACCAGAAUGAAUGGUAUCGUACAAUGGCUUCGUUGAGGUUGGUAUACUUCAGAGACGCUUGGAGAGCAAGUUCUACUUUGGUCGCAAUUGCUGUCCUCGUGUUUACAAUCUUCAACUUUUGUCGAGUUGUUAGAUUGGUUCUUGACCUUGAUCAAAUUAAAGGCGACCCUAAUUAGUUGUGAUGUAGCAUAUCAUGUUUGAAUUAUUAACUAACUAAAAUGACAGUGUCAACUGUCAAGUGAUAAAUAACGUGAGUGAUAAAUACGUGAGAAAAUCUUCAUGGAGCCUUUUUGGAGGAUUUCAUGGAUGUAGUUAGUUGCAGAAAAACCUUGUUCUGGUGUUUUGUUCAGAGUUUGGUGUAUGAUAUGUAAUAUCAGUAAUACGUAUUAUCAGUGGAUGAGUUUGAAUCUGAAAAAAGAAGCUCAAAAGAAGUCCGUCUUCAUGACUUACAUAAAUAAAGCAUUCAUGUUGCCAGCUA